CGCCUGUGUGGUUCAGUGGUAUUUUCUAUUUGUUUUAAAGGGCGUGGGGGCUCCUACAGUAAGCUUCCCCCUCGUUUUUUCUCCUCUUUCUUUUAUAAGUUCAUCACCAUCGCCAGAGACGCGUCUGAGGGGUUAACGUAGCGCCGCUUUGGGGCGCGUCAGGGCGCACACAGUGGUCUAGUUGUGUCGAUCACUCCCGCAGAGGCGAUGCCCUUUUGUGGAGAGGUCUCUUGUCACACAGAGGACAGACGGCAUUCACAGCUGGGACACGGGGACACAAAGAGAAGAAGUGCAUUUUAAAAGGCUCCAUUCUUCCUACGCUACCGCUGGGUGUUGACUGUGGGUGUUUGAGAGGAUCUUUGUUGCCCGGAGAGAAAGUGGAGAAGAAGAAUACGCGCCGUGAACGGGCUGGGGGAUUUUUUUUUUUACGGACAGGGUUACUACAGUGCAGCCGAUGCUGUCAACCACACUACUCCUGACUGCUUUCUCGGAGUGACUCGUCUCGUUUUGGAUAACUUUUACGCGCUGUUUUACGCACUGAUCCUAAGCGUCGUAACGCUUUAAAAUGAACUUUCUCUCCCCGGUACCUGCUGGGUAGCACUCUGAUUCGGAUCAUUAACUUUUAAAAGCAGGCACUUUGUGGAUAUCUGCGUAAAGGAUGCCAGUUGAUACACUUGCAAACAUGGAGGAAAAGCUGUGGAUACUGGAGGAUCUGAAUAUGAUGUACAUCCGACAGAUUGCACUCAGCCUGCAGGACAGUGACAUCCAAAAGAAGAUCGACCAUGAGAUCAGGAUGCGCGAUGGAGCCUGCAAGCUGCUUGCUGCCUGCUCCCAGAAGGACCAGGCGUUGGAAGCGGCGAAGAGCCUGCAGACCUGCAGCACUCGUAUCAUGGCUUACAUGUCGGAGCUUCAGAGAAUGAAGGAGGCACAGGUCUUGCAGAAGGUCACGCGGAGGUCAUCAGACGCAGGGCCAAUGGACGACAGACUCCCGUGCAAAGGAAAAGUGGCCAUAUCAGAUCUACGGAUCCCUCUCAUGUGGAAAGACACAGAGUAUUUCAAGAACAAAGGAGAGCUUCAUCGUUGUGCAGUGUUCUGCCUGCUGCAGCUUGGGGGCGAGAUCUUUGACACAGAAAUGGUGAUUGUGGACCGGACGCUCACUGACAUUUGCUUUGACAACACUAUAGUAUUUAAUGAAGCAGGCCCAGGUUUCGACCUGCGUGUUGAGCUGUACAGCUGCUGUUCAGAGGACGAUUACUCAGCAGGGAGCACGCCGAGGAAACUAGCCAGUAAACUGAGCUCCUCACUGGGACGAUCAGCCGGGAAGAAGCUGCGGGCAGCCAUGGAACCUGGACCUUGUAGUCCUGUUAGCAAUGGAGGGGCGACUCCACUUCUGCUGCCUGUUCCCUCUGUACCUGGCCCUAAGUACCACCUCUUAGCUCAUACCACCCUGUCACUUUCGCACGUCCAGGACAGCUUUCGAACGCACGACCUCACCAUCUCAGGCAACGAGGAGUGUUCCUAUUGGCUGCCUCUCUAUGGCAGUAUGUGUUGCCGCCUUGCAGCUCAGCCUCACUGUAUGACCCAACAGAUGAUGAGUGGAUGCUUGAAAGUGAAGCAGUUGGGAGGUGACCCUCAGGGUUGGACAAAAGUGUAUGCCGUCUUAAAAGGAACAAGCCUUUUCUGCUACCACCGGCAGGAAGAUGUGGAGGCGAAUGUCGAGCCAGCUUUCACCAUUGCCAUCAACAAGGAGACCAGAAUACGUGCAUCAGAGAAGGACCCUCAAAGUAAAGUUCAGAAUAUCUGUAUCAGUAACCAUUACGGCGGUGAGGAGGUCACACACACUCUGACCACUGACAGCCGUGAGGACACACACCGGUGGAUGGAGGCCUUUUGGCAACAUUUCUAUGACAUGAGCCAAUGGAAACAGUGCUGUGAUGACUUAAUGAAGAUUGAACUGCCAUCGCCAAGAAAACCUGCUCCUGUCACACCAAAACAAGGCUCACUGUACCACGAAAUGGUUAUUGAGUCAUCUGAUGACCUCAGCAGCACCGUCUCAGACAUCCUGGCUCGGAGGAUGCAGGAGCUGGAGCUCCGCAGCCAGCUAGGCACCUCCCCCACCUGGAUGUCUGUGUUUGAGGAGAGCAACACCAAGAGCGCUAGCCGCCACCGUCCCUGUACCUCUCGCCCCUCUGGAUACAGCCCCUGUUCCCCUCAUCGACUGCCCCGCAGCCCCGUCAGUCCCCACCGCUGCCCACAGCUGACUCUGCUGUCCUCAGAUGCAAGCCUGACCUCGGACAGCGACAGCCACUGCAGCACCAGCCCCUGCUCCCAGCACCACGGCUGGCCUGAGCAAACCUCCAACUACCCUCUCCUGUCGUCUUCCCCCUCCCGUCUGAGGCCUCGCACACUGUCCCUGGACGCUAAGCUCAGCACCCUGCGAGGGAGGGGGUAUGGAGGAGGUGGGGCCUUCCAGUGCCCGUGCCAGCCUCCUGCCUCAUCGCUGCUUACCCCGCUCCCCAUCUCCUCUCGUUCGCCUCGGUCACCACGCAGCACGCAGACCACGCUCUCCUGCUCCAGCUCCACUUCCAGCAACAGCUCCAGUAACAGCGAGGGCAGUCACAGCCCUGAAUCCUCAGAAGGAGCCCCUUUCUCUAGGCCGUCUCCAGCUCGACGCAGCCUCAGAUCCCUCAGGGCCAGACUUGAUCCUCGUAACUGGCUCCAGAGUCAGGUGUGAACUCUUCUAGCCUGACCAGACAUUUAACUCUGGCCUAAGGGCAACAGUGCUCAUUAAAAGCAUGGUUUAACUGGCUUAACACAUAUGAACCCACCUCAGGCUAUCAUGCACAGCCCUGAGGAGGAUAAGCUGCCUCUAACUUGCCUCCUGCUUGAGGUUAGAUUAUGGAAGACCCUCCUGGGGGCUAACUGGAAUACUCUUCUAACAUAAUAGACAGGUGACAAUCAAUGCAGGAGACACUUUUUGAAGAUGGUCCAAAACUAACUGGGAGGUACUCUGUACGCCUUGAAAACACUGGCCAUGCUGCUGUGGAGAAAGUAAUGCUAAGAGUUAAGGUUUUCCUCUAAUAAACUGUCUGACUCUGGUUCUGAGACUAUAAACGGCUUAUCUUGUCUCCGGCAUCAGCCAUCCUGGCCAAUGAAAAAAUGUCAAGGUCAUCUCUAUUAAUGCACUAGCAGUGUUUUGACUGGUUGUUUCUGAUCUGUUUUAUGAAUAAAGGUUUGCCGUGUUUAUGCUAUGAAUGCCGGUGAGCAUGUGACUAGACAAACAUAAUAUUAUUAAUAAUAAGUCAAAGGAAAUGUUAAAACUGUCCAGUGUGGAAGGGAAGUGUCGAUGUUUGUUGCCUGUACUGUGAUCUACUUCAGUGUACGUUUCUAAUAAUUCUUAUAACAGAUCAUCUUUAUGGUUUUCCUCAGAUUACUAUGCACACUUUUUGGGUUUUUCUUUGCAUGAUUUGACUUAAAGUUAAACUGUUGAACUACUUGAGAUCAUUUCAGCAAUGAAUCUGGUGAAAGCUUCACUUUAUGCAAGUGCUCAUACAUACUGUACUGGUUAUUACUGUGAUCUUUUCUGGGAGAAAGUCUGCGCUCUGGUCUUAAUCUUUACACAGUUAUCUGCAGAUUAUGAAACGGCUCCUGUCAGACUUGGGUAAUAGGUUUUUAUAGUAAUAGAAUAAACCCUAGAAUGAAGUUAAAGGAAAUGUUACUAUUACAGAGAAAGCCAUACAUAUAACUCUGAUAUACUGCAGCAUUAUGGAAUUAAAACAAGGGUUUUUAAUGGAUCAGAGUUAUCCAAUAGUAAGUGCAAUCUUGGCAUUUCUCUAAAAAGCUAUAGUCUAUUACACUCUGGUCAAUCAUUAAUUAUGAUUAUCAAAAGUAAAAAAGGUUGAUUUACACUGCCAUUAGUUGUUCUAUUCUUAUGUAGAAAAACCUAAAAUUAGUUGAUUUUAACCAUCUAAGAAAACCAUCUUUGUUCAAACAAAUCUUUUAGGAUUCCGUAUCCUUUUAGGGACAGUAAUUCCUCCUCUCUGUCUUUUCGUUUACAGUGGAUUUUAUUUUGGUAACACUUUCCCUCCUUGGGGCUCUUAGAACUGAUGCAAACAUUUUUACUAAGAAAUAAGCCUGUCAAAUAUUUGAACAUUUGUUACUGUAAAUUAAUUUUUAUAAGUUAACAAAUAAACCUCCUCUUUAUGUUUUUUGUUA